GAAAAAAGGAGAAGUGCUUUAGUUUGAAAGAAUUCUUGUGUGACAGAUUUGGUGGAUUGUUGCAGAAUGUAAAAUUUUGCCAACAGGUGACAAAAUUAGGAUGAACCUAAAUUUUUCUUCAAUGCUUUACCUAAUGGCCUUAGCCUUAGAUCUCAGUUAUUCGUUACUUUGGCUAGAGGAAGACCAUCCUGGACCAGAUGAUGUCAAAAGAUUUGUUCGUGAACAUAUUGCGACUCUUAUAACAGCAGAGGUUUCGGCCAUUAUAGUAAAGUUGCAAACCACUCAAGAUCUAUUGGUACCUUCUACUCAAAAUUUAUUGCCCCCAACAGUAGAAAAGGAGGAACCUCAAGAACAGCUGGACCAAAAUGGUGGUGCUAGUAGUGAUGUGACUCUUUCAUGCAAGCGUAAUUUAACGCUUUUUGCUUCAUACACAAAACGUCGUCAGAGAAUUGAAAUGAGACAACAAAAUAUUGUUCCAUUGUCACCAACCACUAUUGCUACAGCUUUCAUAGAAAAAAUGGUUUCGAUUGCAUCAAGUACUUAUGGAGAAGAGGCAUGGGUGAAAGCUCAAUUUGCUGAAUAUUACAAUAUUAUGAAUCCUCUGAUAGAGAAGCUUUUCUGUAUUCCAGCUUCUUUUGCACCAGUGGAGCGCGUGUUCAGCCAGGGAGGUUUAAUUAUGCGACCGAAUCGUGCUAGACUGGGAUGAGAUGUUAUCGUCUCUUGUUUAUUUGAAAUGUAACAGUGAUGUGUAAACCAUAAUUUCUGACAAUGUUUAGUUUGUUUCUACUAGGAUUAACUAACGUAUUAUAUAUGUUGUGAAAUCAAGUUGUACAAAAACCCGGUUUUUUAUUUAUGUUGUUUCUGAAAUGACCCGUUAACUUUAUUUUUUGUAACUAUAGUAUGCGGCUACUG